AUGCCUCAAUACGAUCAGUACGAAGGUUUCCAGGUCAAGUCGCCCGACACCUGGACCGAGUUCCACAAGCAGAAGUUCUACACCAAACCCUUUGGUGACUAUGAUGUAGAGAUCAAGAUCGAGGCUUGCGGUGUCUGCAGUAGUGACGUUCAUACCAUCAGUGGUGGCUGGGGUGACCAGAAAUUCCCCCUUGCUGUCGGUCACGAGAUUGUUGGUAGGGCCCUUCGCGUUGGUCCCAAGGUCACCCUCAUCAAGGAGGGUCAGCGAGUCGGCGUUGGUGCUCAGUCUUGGUCCUGCCUUGAGUGCCGUCAAUGCAAGAACGACAACGAGACCUACUGCCCCAAGCAGCGUGACACAUACGGAGCUGAAUGGCCUGAAACGGGUAUCGUCACCCAGGGAGGUUACUCUUCCCAUGUUAGAACACACGAGCACUGGGUCUUCCCGAUCCCUGAUGAGCUUCCCAGCGAGCUUGCAGCCCCUAUGCUUUGCGCAGGUAUCACAGUGUACAGCCCUCUGGUACGAAAUGGUGCUGGCCCAGGCAAGAAGGUCGCCAUUGUUGGUCUCGGUGGUCUGGGACACUUCGGUGUUCUGUUUGCCAAGGCUCUAGGUGCUGAGACUUGGGUCAUCUCCCGUACGCACAGCAAGGAGGAGGAUGCCAAGAAGAUGGGAGCUGAUGGCUUCCUUGCUACUGCCGAUAAGGGCUGGAACGAGCCUCAUAAGAUGACUUUCGACUUGAUCAUUUCGACAGCCAACGCUUUCGGUAGUGACUUCGACCUCAGCGGCUAUCUUUCCAUUCUGGAUGUUCACGGCAAGUGGAUUUCCGUUGGUCUUCCUGAGGAUGAGACCUUACAGAUCAAGCCCCAGGAUCUGAUCAGCAACGGUGUUCUGGUUGGUUCCUCGCAUCUCGGUAGCCGAAAGGAGAUGCUGGAUAUGCUGAAGCUUGCCGCCGACAAGGGCAUCAAGUCGUGGGUCGAGACAGUGCCCAUCAGCGCUGAGAACCUGUCCAAGACGAUGCAAAGAUUGCAAAAUAACGAUGUGCGCUACCGUUUCACCAUGGUUGACUACGACAAGGAGUUCCCGUAA